GCAGAGCUGCUGGCGCAGGAGCCGCGGGCGGGCGGCGGGGCGCCGGCGGCGGGGCGCUCGCCGCGGGGCCGCCUGCUCGCCGCCGCCCUGCGCCUCAACAACAACGGGCUCCGCAGCGUGGCCGACCUGCCGCCCGCCCUCGAGCGGCUCCUCGAGGCCCCCGAGCUGCUCUACUGGCUCGACCUCUCCUUCAACGAGCUGCCCGGCAUCGACCCGGUGCUGACGCGCUACCGCAACCUGCGCAGCCUGAGCCUGCACGGCAACAGCAUCCGCAGCCUGGCCGAGGUGGACAAGCUGGCCGCGCUGCCGCGCCUGCGCCGCCUCACCCUGCACGGCAACCCCGUCGAGGAGCAGCGCGGGUACAGGAGCUACGUGCUCGCCGCGCUGCCCCAGCUGAAAUCCUUCGACUUCAGCGGCGUCACCAAGCAGGAACGCGCCGCUGCCGCCGCCGCCAAGCGCGCCCAUGCCAAGCCCGAGGCGGCCAGGCCGGCGGCCGACUGCCCGUGACGGGGGUCCGCCCGUGACGGGGGUCCGCCCGCGGAGGAGCCCCCGAUGCAGCUCGGCUCGUCCAGCCCCACCGUCGCCGACCCUUCUCCCCAGCUCGUCCCUCCGGCUCCCCCCCCCCCCCAGCUUGCUGGUAAAUAAACAGUGCCCCCGGCUGCCCCGCCGCGGCUGCGGCGCGCUAAGGGAACGUC